AGGAGGGGCAGGGCAGUAGGAGGGGGAGCUGCUGUACUCGGCUGCAGACAAAGCCCCGGCUCUGAUUCCUGUAGGUAUAUAUGAGCUGAUACUGUAGUGAGAUAUGGGGAAUUCACAGGCAAAAGCCAUCCCAGAGCUGGACCUGGACCUGUCAGGGGCAGAGUUAUAUAUCCUGUCAGAGUGCAAUGAACUGUGGGGGAGAGGCACGGUGGAACAGCUGUACCCCGAAAUGAUUAGACAGGUGUCGCUGUUAUCAGACUUGAUCGCCCGAGACCCGAGAAGAGUCCAGAAAGUAAAUGCUGCCCCAGGAGACAUGAUUGAAUUUCUGGGGAAGAAAUCCCAAUGGGCAGUUUGUACCGGAGGGGGCAAAGCGGCGUUUAGAACAGAGCGUGGACUGGUGGAGGAAAAGGACAUCGGGAAAAUCCCGGGAGGCCGUUCCUAUCGAGUCAAUAAUAAAUUUGACCAGAAACUAAAACCUCUCUCCGGCGCUUUAGUGAUGAAGGAGGCGCGCAGACAGCUUGGGAGGAGAUGUGCAGAAGAUAAUGAUGAACUGUUUGUUACACAACUCAGAUAUGGAAUGGCCUGUUCAGAUGAGGAUCCUCCUCCUAACACCGGAGAGAUACUUUGUUUUUUAUUCCAAAGCCAGGAACACUGGGGUAUUUAUACAGGAGACAGCGCUGUGGUUUAUCUCGACAGAGGUCUGCAGGAAGGAUUCUCUGAACCUUCAGAAACGGCUUAUGUACAGGAGGUCCCUCUAACCCAACUGAAGGGCGUCAGAGUCAUCAACAAAUAUGAUCAGAAAUUAAAGCCCAAAAAACAAGGAGAUGUGGCCAUAGAAGCCAAGCAAAAAAUUGGGGAGAGAAUGACUUGGGGGGAGAAGAACGACACCGAUCAGCUGUUUGUAACUGAACUGAGAUAUGGAGUGAAGGUCUCCGAUAAGCGCCCCCUGCCUGAGGUUGGAGACCUGAUUGAGUUUCUCCAAGAUGCCAAAAACCAUUGGGCAGUCUAUGUGGGAGACGGCAAGGCUGUGCACAGGGCGGAGCAUGGAUUGGUGGAGGAAGAUUACACUGGGAGAAUCGCGGGUGGCCAUUCCUAUAGAGUUAAUAAUAAAUUUGACCGGAAACUGAAACCUCGUUCCAGCACGUUAGUGGUCAAGGAUGUUUGCAGGCAGCUUGGGAAGAGAUGUGCAGAAGAUAGUGAUGAACUGUUUGCUACACAACUCAGAUAUGGAAUUGCCUGCUCAGAUGAGAGGCCGAUCCCUGAAGCUGGAGACCUGAUUGAGUUUCUUCGUCAUGUCAAAAACCACUGGGGGGUCUACGUUGGAGAUGGCAAGGUUGUACACAGGACGGAGUUCGGAUUGGUGGAGGAAGAUUACAUUGGGAGAAUCGCGGGCGGACGUUCCUAUAGAGUCAAUAACAAGUUUGACCGGAAACUGAAACCUCGCUCCAUCGCUUUAGCGAUGACGGAUGUACGCGGCCAGCUUGGGAGGAGAUGUGCAGAAGAUAGUGAUGAACUGUUUGUCACACACCUGAGAUAUGGAAUUGCCUGCUCAGAUGAGAAUCCGCCCCCUGACGCCGGAGAGAUACUUUGUUAUUCGUUCCAGAACAAGGAACACUGGGGUAUUUAUACAGGAGAGAGCACUGUGGUUUAUCUGGACAGAGGUCUGCAGGAAGGAUUCCCCGAACCUUCAGAAACGGCUUAUGUACAGGAGGUCCCUCUAACCCAACUGAAGGGCAUCAAAGUCAUCAACAAAUACGAUCAGAUGUUAAAGCCUAAAAAGCAAGUAGACAUCGCCAUCGAAGCCAAACAGAGAAUUGGGGAGAAGGUGACUUGGGGGGAGGACGAUGACACCGAUCAGCUGUUUCUAACUGAACUGAGAUAUGGAAUGAAGGUCUCAAAUAAGCAGCCGCCGCCUGAGCCUGGAGACCUGAUUGAGUUUGUCCGCCUGUGGGGGGCCUACAGUCACUGGGGAGUCUAUGUUGGAGACGGCAAUCUUGUGCACUUGCAACCCAAUUCCAAAUCGAUAUUUAACUCGCUGUCUUCAUUUAGAGAGCAAUAUCUGCCGAUGAACAGUGCGAUGGUCCCAGAUGAAAGGUUGAUGAUGGCCAUGGCAAUAAUUAAAGACAAAGAUGGGAAAGUCCUAGAGCAAUCGGUGGCGUCGGUGGCCAAAGGGAGCAAAUACCGAGUGAAUAACAGCUAUGAUAAAUACUAUGAGCCCAGGCGGAAGGACGUCAUUGUUGCGAUGGCAAAACAACACGUCGGGCAGAAAAUGACUUAUAAUCUCUGCAAAUCCAACUGUGAGCACUUCGCUACCCUGAUGAGAUAUGGGGUGGCUUUCUCCAAACAGGUGGAAGAGUCGAGAGUAGCGCACCUUUUCUGUAAACAAAAUGGUCGCUGUUAUUGCGAUAUUGAGGCUUUUCCACCAAAUGACCCAACUCUUCAUCUUCUUCAGCAAAACGCCGGCCUGCCCUCCCUGCAGCCAAUGUGCCCUUCUGGCCUACUGACACCACAGAAUUCUUCAGCUCAGCGUUUGUACUGACGGCAUUGCUUGGAUCAUGUGCUCAUAGAGCAGUUACACCUUGAGCCAGGCCUACAUAUAUACACUUCUUCAUUGGCUCAUCAUCAUUUCUUCACCCUUCGCUUCAGUUAUGGCUAUGAGAUAUGAUAGGAUGGCUGGAUAUGGCUCCUUUUGGCUUGAAUUUCGGCCAAUCAAAAGUCAGUAUCUGCCAAACAUAUCACCCCAUGAAUCCAUACAGAAGGCGUUGGCUAAGGGUCUGCCUACUAGAUAUGAUGCCUUCCUCCCUGGUGUAGCGCACCCUUAGGUAUUAGCUUUAGACAGACAGAGAGUGCGCUUGGGCUAUGUGUGAUUGUAUGUAGGGCACCCCAGGCUAGCCAAUUACUCCUGGCCCUUAAUACCACAGUGGUACCUUGGUUUUGCCCCCUGAGAGGGCGCUCACCAUGCAUCUGGGGGAUUCUCACGUAGAGCGAAUGACCAGGACAUUGGAUGUUUCAUGCAAACCAAACGAAAACUUCUUUAUUGAUUUCCAGGCAGUUGACGUUCUGAUAUGGUCAGUACAUAUCCACCAAUGAAUAACACAUCUCCCAGGAGGUCCCUCACACACAUCCGGUGGCUUUACCCAGUAUAGGUGAUCUCACAGUGGUGCCUUGCUCUCUGGCACACUACCUGCCCCAGAGCUCCCCCACUUGUGUCCCUAAACUAGCAGUCUAGUCACUGCAGGGUUCUAACACUCCUUGGUGGAGCAAAGAACUGCUCAACUACAUUCACCUAAACUUGCCUUUUGCUCCUGGUGGGACAAUUACAUUAUCUAACUUGAACUAGCUAGCAAACAGACCUGUAGCCACCUCUAGUGAGCAGAGGUCCCAGGAAAAUACCUCAAUAACACGUGUCCUAUCACUUUUAUAUUGGUAUGCUGCCAAGUACUGGGUAUUUCUUGACCUAUAGGAAGCUUACUUUUAGCCUGGAAUGGGGACUGGUUUACAUGUGGAAUUUAGGACCACCUAAGGGAAACUGCCUGACCCAACAGUACUACGUUUCAGGGGAUGCUACGCUAGUCUUCUCUGUAGGCAUCAAGUAGGAUUCCUCAUGGGGAGACGGGGGACCGAUGUGCUGAGGGGACCUCGCUGACUAGUAGAGACUUUAGUAGAGAAGCUCCUUCCCACUGUGCCACAAAAAAUAAAAAAGGCCGCCAUGUUGCCAAUUUGUUCCACACCCAAGCCUGGAAAGCUCCUUAGAUAUACAAGUGGACGGCUGGGGAAGGCAUUGAUCCCAAUCCCCUUGGUAGAUGGUAAAGAUAUCUGCUUUUCUUCCCUAGUCUUCUCAGUAGGCAUCAAGUAGGGUUCCUCAUGGGGGAGACAGGGGACCAAUGUGUUGAGGGGACCUUGCUGACCAGUAGAGACUUUAGUAGAGAAGCUCCUUCCCACGGUGCCACAAUUGUUCUUCAUAGGAAAAAAAAUAAAAAGGCUGCCAUGUUGCCAAUUUAUUCCACACCCAAGCCAGGAAAGCUCCUUAGAUACACAAGUGGACGGCUGGGGAAGACAUUGAUCCCAAUCCCAUUGCUUGAUGUGGAAGACAAGGGGUAGAUGGUAAACAUAUCUGCUUUUCUUCCCUAGUCUUCUCAGUAGGCAUCAAGUAGGGUUCCUCAUGGGGAGACAGGGGACUUCGUAGGAAAAAAAAAUAAAAAGGCUGCCAUGUUGCCAAUUUGUUCCACACCCAAGCCUGGAAAGCUCCUUAGAUACACAAGUAGACGGCUGGAGAAGACAUUGAUCUCAUUGGUUGAUGUGAAAGACAAGGGGUAGAUGGUAAAGAUAUCUGCUUUUCUUCCCCAGUUUUCUCAGUAGGCAUCAAGUAGGGUUCAUCAGGGGACAGAUGUGUUGAGGGGACCUUGCUGACUAGUAGAGACUUUAGUAGAGAAGCUCCUUCCCACUGUGCCACAAUUGUUCUUCGUGGAAAAAAAAUGAAAAGGCCGCCAUGUUGCCAAAUUGUUCCACACCCAAGCCUGGAAAGCUCCUUAAAUAUACAAGUAGACGGCUGGGGAAGACAUUGAUCCCACUGGUUGAUGUGGAAGACAAGGGGUAGAUGGUAAAGAUAUCUAAGGUAGCUUUUCCUAGUAGAAUUUGCUGGCAGAAUUCUCACACUAUACAAGCUUGGGGUUUGGGGCCAAGUUUGGAUUCAGCCAGUUCUGUAAAUGUUUUGUUCUUCUGUGCUGUACCCCCCCCCCCCCAUGCUAUAUACAUAAAAACACACAUUCAUUCAUACAUAUAUACAACCAUAUAUGCAUUUACCAAUCAAAAUAAACUUGUCGUCAACUGCAAAAUAAAGAUUUUUUGACUCUGUGACUGGUACCAAUGAGAGUUAUAGGUAUUAUCCAAUCACAGGCGGUUAUAUUAGGGACCUAUUAUCAAGAAAGUUCCCAAAUACCUUGAACUUGAUUGGAAUUAAAGUACAGUAAAUCAUU